AUGGCUGGAAGCCCUGGAAGUCCAGGAUUAGAUGGACAAUCUGUGCUCAGCGGUAGCCCUGGAGAACCUGUAGCAUCGGGUGUGCAAGGACUUUCAGGUCCUCCAGGACCACUAGGACGUCCUGGUCUUGAUGGGGCUUCUGAUGCUAGAAGUGAAAAUGGUGCACAUGGAAUGAGUGGAGUACCUGGAAUUAAGGGAGGAUCAGGACCGAUCGGGUCAGUAGGUCUACCGGGAGCAAGUGGAACACCUGGACACGCGGGACCAAUAGGACCUAGUGGAAUAGUUGGACCAAGAGGACCGACGAAUAGAUCCAUCAGUAUGAAUACAUAUAAACUAGCUUUCAAUAAACAAGAACAUUAUGUUACAUUUAGUUUCUUUCUAAACUCUUAA